UGCGCGGGAGCAGCAGUUUCAGUUUGUUUUAUUCACCAUUUUGUGAAGCUGAAGGGAAAAUUCAAAUAAAAUCUCCUUUAAAAAAAAAAAAAAACAUUUAUUUUUUUUGUUUUAAAAGUAACCUGGCAUCUGCCUACUCUGUUGCAUAUCGUUUUGUUUUGUUUGUUUUUUUGCCUGACGCGCCGAGAGAGGUUUAUUUUUUAUUUCUUGUAGAUUUUUUUUUUUUUUUUUUUUUGGUAUAUUUUUUUAACCUCUACAGCGUUUCUGCAGAAUGUCAAGACCAGUGAGAAACAGGAAGGUGGUUGACUACUCGCAGUUCCAGGAAUCUGACGAUGCAGAUGAGGAGUACGAGAGAGGUUCUGCACCUCCAAGCAAGAAAAUGCGCUCCUCUCCCCGUGAAGUGAAACUCAAGAAAAGGCCUGGGAAGAACUCUCAAGAAGACAGUGAUGACUCAGAUGACAAAGUAACAAAGUCCAAAAAAGAAGAGUCGGCAGAUGAUUUCGGCAGCGAGGAAGACAAUGAUUUUGGGGAGGAAGAGGAGGGAGCCGAUAGCGACUAUGACAGCUCGAAAAAAGGGAAAAAGGGAAAGAAACCCAAACCUGAGAAGUCGCCCAAACAGAUGCCGAAAUCCCGGAAAAGGGCAGCAGAGGACAGCGAUGACGAGAAGGAAGUGAACACGAAGGUGCGGCAGCAGCGCCAGGCAGCCUCGAAAGCCGUGUCAAAACAGAGAGAGAUGCUGCUGGACGACGGAGGCAGCGAGGAGGAGGAAGAGAAGGAGGACGAGGAGGUGCUCUUCGAAGAUAAGGAGUCAGGCAGCGAUGAAGACUUCAUGGUUGAUGAUGACGAUGACAGCGAUUACGGCCGCUCCCGGAAGAAGAGUAAGAAAGUGAUCAGGAGGACCAGGCCCGAGAGGAAGGAAAAGAAGUCUCCCAAGCCCCGGCUAAAGGCUACUGUGACUCCCAGCCCCAUGAAAGGCAAGGGGAAGGGGCGGCCCAGCGCAGCCAAGGCGCAGGAGAAGUUCUCCCCCAAAGAUGAAGAGGAGGAUGAGGAAGAGCCAGAGAGCCCCCAGGAGGAGGAGGAAGACGAGGCGCCAGAGAAGAAACGCACUCCUCCCCCAAAGAAGACGGCCAAACCUGAGGAGGAGGAGGAAGAGGAGGAUGAAUUGUCAGAAGAGGAGGCCCCAUCUGGGGAGGAUUGAGUGCUGUUUGACACCAUUUGGGGGGAGGGGGGGGGGUGUUAUGUGUAGAAGUAUAGAGGGUUUUUUUUGUUUGUUUGUUUUUUCCAAAAUGGUCAGUUUGGCUCAAGGGGUUAGACAGUUUGUGUUUUGUUUUUUCCCUACUUUAACAGACCUUAGCAAUGUUGUUGCCUAAGUUGGUACCCUGCUACCAGUAGUGGCUAGCUAGUUCACGGGUUUAAUUGCUUGACUUGGCCUCUUGUAUUUUUUGUUUGUUUCUGGCCUGAUAUCCUUGGCGUCACUGCUUUGCAUGUUGGGAACCCACUUACUUGGUGUAGAGUUGUGUUUGCUAAGGAAGAUCCCCAGGAAUAUCGUACAGCUGCAUCCCAACUAUGACUAAGGCCAGCUCUGUUGGGCAGCAUAGCAUUAUCAGUGAUAGUGGUACGCUUGUUGCCUGUAUGUUGUGCCCCCCUCCCUUUGUAGUUCCAUAUGUUGCUCUUUGUUUUCCGUGCCAACUUGUGUAACCUGCUCAGUAUAUCCUCUUUAUAAAGCUGUCACUUUUAUAACACUAUCUUCAUCAUGUUAACAGUAAUGUUUCCUGUCCACAUCGAUUCCCGAUCAAGCUGCACAAGAACACUCAGGUUACCAAGAAAAAACGAAAAACAAAGCUUUAAUGAAUCUACAACAAAAAAGGAUGCUAUUCAGUUAUCGGUAAAUCUUUACCUGGGAGCAUAAACUAUAGACCCAAUUCCCUUAACUUCUUAGCUUGAGGUAAAUAUUGAUUUCUAUCCAAAUAGUAAAUCGAUGAUUAAAAAAAAAAAAAAAAAAAAAAAAAAGCCAAUUUAAAAAUGAUAAACAACGUCUGUUUUAUUUACUCAGAUUAGUUGACUUGGGACUUAUUUUUUUUUAUUCCAAUUCCUAAACUCCAGUUCCCAUUCCCUUGUAAUAAAUUCCCACAUUGCAAAGAACAGUAUUCUGUUAAAAUUGGCUUCUCGCAGUGGCAACAGAUGUUAAGUCACUGUCCCUCAGUUUUUAAAUUGGCUUCAAAUUAAAGUAGCUGAACUAUCGCAACAAUUUUUGUCCUUUUAAUGUUGUCGAUUCCUGUGUUGGAAUUGGAGUUUAUGUAGUGCCUGUACUUUAUUCAGCGUUCCAUGUUUGGGGGGGGGGGGGGGGGGGGGGGGGGGGGGGUCAUUUAGGCUCACUGCAGGCGCCCUUUGUGGCGCUUCCUAUCUGACUGCUAGGUCUUACACCAUUAAUCAGUCGACCUGCUAAGACAUAAGCUGGUCAUGUUAACCUUGAUCCAAACCCCUUCUCCUGUGUUUGUGCUUCGGAGCACCCUUCCAUUCUCUGUCUCACAUCUGUGUUUAUCUGUGGCUAGUAGACAUAGUUGUUCACUGCAUAUACAGUUUGUCUGAACAGUUU